UUGCGCUGUCGCUCAGCGCCGGCCCCGCCUCGGCCCCCUGCACUUGUGCUGUCGCUCAGUCCUUGGGUCCAAGCAGAAGUGCGCUCAGCCCCAUGGACGCUGCGCUGCUCCUCGUGCUCGGGCUGCUGGCCCAGAGCCUGGGCCUGUUGUCAGGGGUCCCUGGGCUGAAGGAGCCCGGCAUCCUGUACCCCUGGCGCCGGGGGCAUGAGCAGGGCCGCGUGCGGAGGGCCUGGGUCAUCCCCCCCAUCAGCGUGUCCGAGAACCACAAGCGCCUCCCCUACCCUCUGGUGCAGAUCAAGUCGGACAAGCAGCAGAUGGGCAGCGUCAUCUACAGUAUCCAGGGACCCGGCGUGGACGAGGAGCCCCUGGGCAUCUUCUCCAUCGACAAGUUCACGGGGAAGGUGUCCCUGAACGCCGUGCUGGACCGGGAGAAGACCGACCGCUUCAGGCUGAGGGCCUUCGCCCUGGACCUGGGAGGGUCCACCCUGGAGGAGCCCACGGACCUGGAGAUCGUGGUCGUGGAUCAGAACGACAACCGGCCGGUCUUCCUGCAGGAGGUGUUCACCGGCCUGGUGCCGGAGGGCUCUGCCCCAGGCACCUAUGUGACCAGGGCUGAGGCCACGGACGCUGAUGAGCCAGAAACGGACAACUCGGCCCUGCGGUACUCCAUCCUAGAGCAAGGCCACCCCCAGCUCUUCAGCAUCGAUGAGCACACGGGGGAGAUUCGCACUGUUCAAGUGGGCCUGGACCGCGAGGUGGUCGCCGUGUACAAUCUGACCCUGCAGGUGGCAGACAUGUCUGGAGAUGGCCUCACAGCCACCGCUUCAGCCAUCAUCACCCUUGAGGAUGUCAAUGACAACGCCCCCGGUUUCACCAGGGACGAGUUCUUCAUGGAGGCCACAGAGACGGUCAGCGGAGUGGACGUGGGGCGGCUCGAGGUGGAGGACAGGGACCUGCCUGGCUCCCCGAACUGGGCGGCCAGGUUCACCAUCCUGGAGGGUGACCCCGAAGGGCAGUUUGCUGUCCGCACAGACCCCAAGACCAACGAGGGCGUGCUGUCCCUGGUGAAGCCCCUGGACUACGAGAGCGUUGAGCAGUACCACCUCAGAGUGGCUGUGCAGAACGAGGCCCCCCUGCAGGUGGCUGCCCCCAGGGCCGAGCGGGGCCAGGCCAGGGUCGUCGUGCAGGUGCGGGACACCAACGAGGCGCCUGUAUUCCGAGAGAACCCGCUUCGGACCAGCCUGGCUGAGGGGGCUGCCCCAGGAACUCCCGUGGCCACCUUCUCUGCCAGAGACCCUGACACACAGCAGCUGCAGAGGCUCAGCUACUCUAAAGACUAUGACCCGGAGGACUGGCUGCUGGUGGACAGGGCCACGGGCGGGGUCCGGACCCAGCGAGUGCUGAGCCCCGCAUCACCCUUCCUCAAGGACGGCUGGUACCGGGCCAUCAUCCUGGCUCAAGAUGACGCCUCCCCUGCCCGCACGGCCACCGGGACCCUGUCCAUAGAGAUCCUCGAGGUCAAUGACCACGCCCCCGAGCUGUCCCCACCACACGGCAGCAUGUGCAGUGAGCCAGACCACAGCUCUGGCCUCCUCGUCGGUGCCACGGAUGAGGACCUGCCCCCCCACGGGGCGCCCUUCCACUUCCAGCUGAGCCCCAGCGUCCCAGAGCUGGCCCGGAACUGGAGUCUCCGCCAGAUUAACGUGAGCCACGCGCGCCUGCGGCCGCGGCACCAGGUCCAGGAGGGUCUGCACCGCCUCAGCCUGCUGCUCCGAGACUCCGGCCAGCCUCCGCAGCAGCGCGAGCAGGCCCUGAACGUGACCGUGUGCCGCUGCGGCCAGGAUGGCGCCUGCCUGCCCGGGGCCGCUGCGCUGCGGGCGGGGGGCGCAGGUGUCAGCCUGGGUGCCCUGGUCAUCAUGCUGGCCAGCGCCAUCCUGCUGCUCCUGCUCGUCCUGCCCGUGGCCCUCCGCGCACGGUUCCAGCAGCAGUCGGGGGACAAGGGGCUUCUGCGCAGGCUGCAGGACGAUCUCCGGGACAACAUCCUCAACUACGACGAGCAGGGGGGCGGAGAGGAGGACCAGGAUGCCUACGACAUCAGCCAGCUGCGCCACCCCACGGAGCUGACGGCCCUGCGCGCCCCCCCAGGUCGGCCGCCGCUGCGCCGAGACGCUCCAUUCGGCCGGGUGCGCCCCCCGCCGCCGCGCGUGCUGCCCACCAGCGCCGCUGACAUCGCGGACUUCAUAGCCGACGGCCUGGAGGCUGCGGACAGCGACCCCAGUGUCCCGCCCUACGACACGGCUCUCAUCUACGACUACGAGGGGGAGGGCUCCGCGACGGGGACGCUGAGCUCCAUCCUGUCCAGCCUGGGUGACGAGGACCAGGACUACAGCUGCCUCUGGGACUGGGGCCCCCGCUUCGCCCGGCUGGCUGACUUGUACGGGCCCCCGUGAGGACAGGGGGAGAGAGAGAGUGGCCACCGGCUAGGGAAGGGGGCUUUCUGACGGGGACAUGCACCCACCCUGCUGAAGGCAUGACCGCCUGGACCCAGAGGGCAGCAGCCUGAGUACAGGGGCCUGACCGGACCCACUGACACCAGGCGGUAUGUCUGGGAGGCCCCUGGGCAGCCGGCUUCUCCCAGGUGAGGACAGAGCCCAGGGUGACAGAGCCUGGGACGGAGCAGCCAGGCAGUGCCCUCCCAGCCGCCCACUCAGCCUCUGCCUCCCAGCACCAGGGCCUCCUGUCAGCAUGGAAGAAAGCAGGGCUCGAAUUAAAACCGUGCUCCUCUCUCCA